AUGGCUAGUCAGAGUUCCCACGAAGCAUGGGCAGCCCCACUGGCCCCAUCUACUGAUAGGGAGCCCGCAGCAGGGGAUCCCUGUGAUUCCUCCCCAGAUCCAAACAUGCAUUCAGGGGAGGCUCUGGAGAAGCAGGGUGACCAACCUGAGAGCCCUGAUCCAGGCCUCCAUGACAACCUGCCCCCACAGGGCCAGAACCCAGAAAUGGCCGAGGAAGAGAACAAUGAUAUCAUCGGGCUGUCCUUCCCCAGGAAGCUCUGGAGGAUCGUGGAGGAUUUGGCCUUCACCUCUGUGCACUGGAAUGACGAGGGAGACAUGGUGGUCAUCAAGGAAGAUCGUUUUCAGACAGAGGUCCUUCUGCGCAGAGGCAUGGGCCAGAUCUUCGAGACAGACAGCAUUAAGAGUUUCAUCUAUGAACUGAACCUGUGUGAUUUCAUUAAAAUCUGCCCUUUGGGUUGCUCUGCAGAGAAUAACUUGAUGAUCUAUUACAACUCCAAUUUUCAGAGAGACAAGCCUCUCCUCCUGCAGAACAUCCUAAAGAGAAAGAAGCGAGCAGUGGCGACUAGACACUCUCCUCGACUCCACCACAACUUGCACCAACAGGUGGGCAAGAAAGUCCAGAAGGGAACCCCACCUGCUCACAGAACCCCCAGCCGGCGAUCAUUUGUGUCCUCUCACCUUUGGUCUAUGGGCAGUGUAGCUGGGCGGGCUAGGGCAAACCAUCUCCCCAGCGAGCAGGGUGGCCCCAGUGGAAAGGGCACGUCUAGCAAUGCCACGUCUGUACAGCUGGCUACUUCUGGAAGGGAGAGCACAGGGCAAAUGCCCAAGAGCCCCCUGGAGUUCCCAGCUUGUGACUCAGUAAUGGCCUUGUACAACACCUGUUCCUCCAUCCUGAUGGUGGCCCUUUCAGUCACAGCUCCAAACGAGGCCCCUUCAGCAGAGGAGGAGCAGGGAGAAUCCUGA